GUGGCAUCACUAGCCCCGAAUGAAUAGGAAGUUUUACUGUUUUUUCUACGAACUGUUAUUUUCAUAGUAGUCUGUGCAUCUGUGGAAACAAAAAGAAAAAAUAUCUUGCAGAGAAGUAACAAAACGCGCAAAAAUAAUAAACUAAAACAGAAAUGGCAAAUAAAAUUAUUACAAAUCGAGCUCAGUUUCAAAGGCUUUUUGAAAUGCUUCAAGAAAAGCCUGAAAUCGCCCAAGGAUAUUCCAAAAUUCCAAAAGAGGAAAUCAAUGCCUUCUGGGAGCAAGUUAAAACAGAACUAAAUAGCUCUGGUCCGCCUUCUAAGGACGCAACUGCCUGGAGAAAAGUGUGGUUGGAUUGGAAGGCGUACAUCAAGAGGAAAAUGACCGAAAACAAAAAAGAAUCGAAAGCUACAGGUGGCGGUUCAAAUAAAAUGCAUACUUUUAGCAUCCUGGAAGAAAGUGUCAUAAGAUUGACUGGCCUUGAGACGUCGACCGGGGGGAUAAAAGGCACAGUAUCUUUUGGAGGCACAAAUGCGACUGAGCCUAUAAAUUCCAAUGCGAAUUCUGGAGAGGAGCAAGCCGCUGAUGUAUCAAUGACAUCCGAUGUCGAUGAUUUAGGAAGUAUUCCACAGCGUCGCCCAACCACUUACCGUCAACCAAAUGAUACCGCCAGCCUUUUAAAAGAACAAGUUGAGAUACAGAAAGAAUUUUAUAGCAAAAGUGAAGAAUUUUGGAAGAACCAAGAAAAAAAUGCUGAGGGGAUUUCAAGCAGCUUGCGCCGAAUAAACAGAGCAGCAGAAAAACUCUGUGAGAUUGAGGAAAAGCGGCUCGAAGAAACGAAGAGACAUAACAAAAUUAAGGAAGAACUUUUGCAGCAGAAACUGCAAAUUAAAAUGCAAAUGGUUCAAAUUAAAGAGGCGAGGUCAGCGUACAGUCCAAAGUAACAUCUGGGAUAUGCAGACCUUAAUGAUGAAUUUAAAUAUGUAUACCACGCUUCCAGUUCCUAAAAACUUUUAAAAACUUAAAAUCUUUUUUGUUUCCAUGAAUUCAUAAUUUUUUUUAUUAAUCUUAAGUAUGUAUGCACAACACAUAUGUAUAAUAAAUAUAUGUAGUAUGAAGUUUCUUUCUUUUUUAA